CUUCCAUAUAUGGCGGCGAGUGCGCGUGUUUGUGUAUGCAAAUAAUCUGCUGUGACGUCAUGCGGCGCCAUGCAAACGAAAGGCGCAAGGCUCGACGGGAGCCCCUUCAAUGUUUUUUUUCCGCCUAAAAAUGAUGCUUUUCAUGCAGUUUUCCACCGCGCGAGGCUGCUCCGUGCGCGGCUCGUGAUCGGAACCACCGGGUGUUUUCCGUGAGGAGAACACAGAGAACAAGGCAGCGCCGAGGGCCCCAAGGCAGCCUGGGAGGCGAUGCCGGCCGUGCCCGGUCUGUGGGCGGGCCCUGGUGGCGUGACCAGCCAGGGACGGGCGGGCGCGGAGCGGCUCCACCUGCCGGGCGGGGACAAUGACAGAGCGGCACCAUUCGCUGUCACUUCCGGGCGCUACGGCAGCCGGCGGGGGCCAAGCGGCGGCGCUGUGUGAGCGCGUCACUGCGCUGGUGCGUCACGUCCGGCUGGCGGCGGCGGGAGCACCAUGCCCAAGUUUUAUUGUGAUUACUGUGACACGUACCUUACCCAUGACUCGCCCUCCGUGAGAAAAACCCACUGCAGUGGCCGGAAGCACAAGGAAAAUGUGAAGGACUAUUACCAGAAAUGGAUGGAGGAGCAAGCCCAGAGCCUGAUUGACAAAACAAUAGCGGCUGCAUUCCAGCAAGGGAAAAUUCCACCGACCCCGUUCUCGGCACCACCUCCGGCCGGAGCCAUGAUUCCACCUCCUCCCAGCAUCCCUGGCCCCCCCCGGCCUGGCAUGAUGCCAGCCCCACACAUGGGGGGGCCCCCGAUGAUGCCAAUGAUGGGCCCACCCCCCCCAGGAAUGAUGCCAGUCGGACCUGCUCCUGGGAUGAGGCCACCCAUGGGAGGACACAUGCCAAUGAUGCCAGGGCCCCCAAUGAUGAGACCCCCCUCCAGACCCAUGAUGGUGCCAACCAGGCCAGGAAUGACCCGUCCAGACAGAUAAAGAUGGAGAUGGAGCUGCCUUUUCAUAUUAGUACCUUCCCUAUAAUAAACACCAUAGACCUGUGUCCCUGGGGCUUUGUACUAGGUGUGUGGAGGCACUCUGCUGUCACCUCAGCGUGUGGAUGGACACACUCUGCACUGACUUGUAUGAGGUCUGGCUUUUUGGGUGUCUCUUCAAUUGUAUUAUUAUUUUUUUCCCCCCCAUUGAAUGAUAAAAACAAGAAUAAAGCCUUCAUGUUGUUUCCAUA